GUCUUUCUCCCCCUACCAGAGGACAGGCUUAUAUUAAUGGAUAUGACAUUUCUAAGGACAUAGCUCAGAUUCGAAAAAAUUUGGGCUUCUGCCCACAGCAUGAUUUGUUGUUUAAUGACUUGACACUGUCAGAACAUCUUUUUUUUUACUGUACGGUAGUGAUACUUGAUGAGCCAUCAUCUGGCAUGGAUCCAGUCUCAAGGAGGGCAACCUGGGAUCUCCUUCAGAAGUAUAAACAAGAUCGUACCAUCUUACUGACCACUCACUAUAUGGAUGAAGCUGAUGUCCUGGGUGACCGCAUUGCCAUCAUGGUCAGGGGGACCCUGCAGUGCUGUGGCUCUUCAAUCUUCCUGAAACAAAUAUAUGGUGCUGGUUACCAUAUAGUCGUGGAGAAGAAACCUCACUGUGAUGUUGAAGGGAUCACUGCACUGAUUAGUUCUUAUAUUCCAAAUGCCACUCUGGAUAGCAAUGUUGGAGCUGCAUUAUCAUUUUUCCUACCCAAAGAGCGUAUGCAUAGGUUUGUAGCUCUGUUUAAUGAUCUAGAUAACAAACAGGAAGAACUGGGCAUUGCCAGCUUUGGUGCGUCAAUCACUACCAUGGAAGAAGUCUUCCUUAAGGUCGAGAAGCUGGCAGAUUCCCAAGUGGAUAUCCUCUCCCCUUCCUUGAAGGGCCGAAACAUAAGGCAAAAAAUGAGUGAGAAUGUGGAAGCACCCAGAAAUUACAAGAGAUCAUCUUCAGCCACUUGGAAUGAACUUUCUACAAUUAAAUUUAAUACUGGGUUUCCACUUCAUUGCCAGCAGUUUCGUUCCAUGUUGAUAAAAAGGGCACUAUUCAGUUGGCGCAAAUGGAAGUUGAUGUUGCUACAAAUAUUGGUAAUUGUGUUUGUCACAGCCUAUCUCUUAAAAAUUGUGGACUCAAAAGAUGAGCUGUAUCCUAGAGAAAUGGAUUUGAGUCAAUAUGGUCGAACUAUUGUGCCUUACUCAAUUUCAGGGAAUUCUUAUUUGGCUCUUAAUAUCAUAAAGAACCUUGAGAUUUUUCUAAAGUCUAAGAAUCAAGAACUUCGGGAAAUACAAGGUAACAUUAUGAAUUAUUUAUUGGAAAGUAAAGAGUGUCAGAACUUCUGCAUCAUAGCACUUUCCAUUAAAGUUAAGCAAGACAAAAUAGUUUUUACUAUUUUGUUCAAUAAUUUGGCAUACCAUUCAGCUGCAACAUCCCUCGCGGUGUUAGACAACAUUCUUUUUAUGUCACUUUCUGGCCCCAAUGCUUCCAUUAGAGUCACAAACAAGCCUCAGCCUCUCCCUCUUCAUGGUGCUAACAUAGUGCCUGCAAAUGGAAUACAAGUAGCAUUAUGUUUGUCUUUGGGCAUGGCUCUUUUGGCCAGUAGCUUUUGUCUUCAGACAGUGACUGAGACAAUCACUAAGGCAAAGCACAUCCAGUUUGUGAGUGGAGUCUGUGUUAUUACUUACUGGCUCUCUGCUUUGUUAUGGGAUCUUACGUGCUUCUCCAUUCCCUGCUGCUUACUACUGGGAGUGUUCAGAUACUGCAGAAUGGAUGCCUUUGUCAUGGAUUACCACUUCUUGGACACAAUGAUGAUAUUUAUGCUAUAUGGCUGGUGUGUUGUUCCUCUCAUGUACCUUGGAAGCUUCCUGUUCUCUAGUGUUAGUGUUGCCUACAUCAAGCUCACUCUGUUUAACUACUUGUCAACUGUUAUCAGUAUCAUCAUUCACACCAUAGUACAAUACUAUGCACGUGACCUGUCUGGCUUCACCAAAAAACUCACAUGUAAUUCAUUAAUGGUGCUUCCUGGUUACAACUUUGCAAUGUGUAUUAGCAGAUUAUUUGAUAACUACGAAGUGAGAAAACACUGUGCCAGGAAAUUCCACGUUGUCUACCUGGACUGCAAAGCAUUUGCUGAAAGGAAUAUCUAUAGUUUUGAAAAACAUGGAAUUGCAAAGUUUUUGACUGCAUUGGCUGUCAUGGGCUUAUUUUAUCUCCUCUUGAUUUUAUAUCUGGAGUGUUCAUUCUGGAACCUGAAAACGAUUGUCUUUCAUAAAAUUAUACCUUAUGUCUGCCAGAAAUUCAUGAAAGUCAAUAAGGCUAUUGUUUCUAACCAAGUAAUUGAGGAAUCUGAGGAUGAAGAUGUAAAAAAUGAAAGGAAGAAAGAUCUGGCACUGUCUCAUACGUUGCAGAAUUAUCCACUGUUUCUUAAAGAACUUACAAAGAUUUAUUAUAAGUGCCCAGUUGUAAAGGCUGUGAGAAAUAUUUCCCUUGUAGUCAAAAAGUCCGAGUGCUUUGGAUUACUUGGAUUAAGUGGAGCUGGAAAAACUACACUCUUGAAAAUGUUGACUGGAGAGGAGCCCAUCACCUCUGGAGUUGUGCUAAUUGAUGGCAUUAACAUCACUGAAAAUAUCAGAGAGACUAGGUCAAGAAUUGGCUAUUGUCCUCAGUCUGAUGCCAUGCUGAACUACAUGACAGGUCGGGAAUUGCUAAUCAUGUAUGCCAGGAUACGGGGGGUCCCUGAGCCAGAUAUGUCUGGGUAUGUGGAAGCCUUUUUGCAGUUGAUGCACCUGGAAACCCAUGCUGACAAAUCUGUCUACACAUACAGUGGAAGAAACAAACGUAGAUUGAGUACUGCUAUUGCCCUAAUGGGAAACCCUUCAGUAAUCUUCCUGGAUGAGCCUUCUACUGGCAUGGACCCAACAGCCAAGCACCUGGUCAGGGACACAAUUACACGGAUCUGUAAAACUGGCAAAUCUAUCAUAAUAACUUCCCACAGCAUGGAGGAAUGUGAAGCCCUUUGUACCAGGCUGGCCAUCAUGGUAAAAGGGAGGUUCACAUGCCUAGGAAGUCCUCAGUACCUCAAGAACAAGUUUGGUAAUGUAUACACUCUGAAAGCCAAAGUUAAUAUGGACAAGGAUGGAAAUAAACUAAAGGAGUUCAAAGAAUUUAUUGCAACAACUUUCCCAGGUAACAUCAUAAACCAGGAGCAUCAAGGGAUUAUUGACUACUCCAUUCCCAGUGAGGAAAUUAGCUUGGGAAAGGUGUUUAGUAUUUUGGAAGAUGCUAAGUUGCUAUUCAAUUUAGAAGACUAUUCAGUCAGUCAGAUAACACUGGAACAAAUUUUCCUCACCUUUGCUAACAUUGAUAAAGUGGAAAAUGACCAGACAAUAAAGCUGCUAUGA